UCAGUUUAAAUUCUAAAAUGCUAUCAAUAAUCUGUUUCGCGCUGUGUAUUACGUUUGCUUUAACUACGUCUUCUCCGUCCCCGCCUAUAAUAGUUUCUACUUCAUUGGGUGAUAUAAGUGGUGUUGAACUAACUUCUCGUUUAGGAGAAAGUUUUAAAGCUUUUCUAGGCAUCCGAUAUGCUCAAAACCCUGUCGGUGAAUUACGAUUUACUAACCCAAAACCAGUGGAGCCAUGGAAACCAGAGUUAUUCAAUGCAACAAUAGACGGACCGAGAUGCCCUCAAAGUCCAUUGAAUUCACCAGAUAAUUCUGAAGAUUGCUUACGACUGAAUGUGUACUCAAAGGAUCUCAACCAAAACAAAUCGAGUCCAGUUAUUGUUUUUAUACAUCCUGGAGGAUUCUAUGGAUCUUCUGGACGAAUAGUAAGUGCUGGACCUCAACUUCUCAUGGAUCGGAAUGUUGUAUUAGUAACAAUAAACUACCGGUUAGGCACGCUUGGUUUCCUUGCAACUGGUACUGCUGACGCACCUGGAAAUGCAGGACUAAAAGAUCAGGUAUUCGCUCUGAGAUGGGUUCGGGAUCAUAUUCACAAUUUCGGUGGCAAUCCGAAUUCAGUAACAUUGCUAGGUUACAGUGCUGGGAGUCGAAGUACUGGCUUACACAUGGUUUCACCAAUGUCAAGAGGUUUAUUUCACAGAGCCAUUGCAAUGAGCGGUUCACCGAUCCAAUUAGUAAAAUACACCGACGAUCAGUUGAAUCUAGUAAGGAAGCAGGCAAAGUUGCUGAAGUGUCCAAGCGAUAGCACAAAAGAUAUAAUAAAGUGUCUCAAAGAGGCACCAUUUGAAGAUUUUGUUAAAACCUUUGACAAUAUGUUUGAAAUUGGAUACCACCCCAUGUUGAAUUGGAGCCCAGUCAUCGAAAAGGAUUUUGGUCAAGAGAGAUUUUUAACCGAAGAUCCACUAACAUCAUUUGAAAAGGGGAACUUCCAAAAAACACCAAUGAUUAUUGGAAGGACAAAGGAUGAAUUUGCUCGGAUAGCUUACUAUAACUUGCAAAAUGAAAAUAUUACUGAACAAAUGAACAAACAUUGGAAUGAAAUUGCACCCAUUAUGCUUAAUUAUGAUAGAAACUCUAGCGCUUCUAAGGAAAUAAGUACACUUCUAAGAGUUGCUUAUCAAGUUGAUAACAAAGUUAUUGCAAAUUCUACUCCAUUUGAACCGUUUGAAAAGCUUUUGAGCGAUGCUAUCAUCGGCUUUCCAGUUUAUAGACUCGUGAACCUUCUAGAAAAACACAUUCCAGUUUAUUACUACUGUUUUACAUACAAAGGACGUUAUAGCGAUUUCAAAUACCCGGGAGACUCUGCAUAUGGUGCGGUUCAUCACGACGAUUUGCUUUAUCUUCUCCACAUACCGCGGAUAGCACCGCUUUUUUCAAAAACAGACCCUGAAAAUAAAAUUGUUGAAAGGAUUACUAGAAUGUGGACACAAUUUGCUGAGACUGGAAAUCCAAACAAUUCCAAAGACGAAUAUCUCAAAAACUUAAACUGGAAGCCCUAUAAUAUAGAAAGUGAAAAUUAUUUAGAUAUAGGAGAUGAGCUUUUAAUGGACGAACAAUUGUUUGUAAGACGCUUAGCAACUUGGGAAAUUAUUUUAGGAGAAAUAUCAUAGACAAAAAUAUAGAAAUAAAGUAAAUGAAAAAGUUGUGUAAAAAUCA